CGAGUCGAAUCCUGAUUUUCAAGCCGAGUCGAGCGUCGCGAAUCUCGCGGCAUCGCGAUUUCACGUUGCGUAUCAUCCGGCCGUGGUUCGCAAAAAAAAAAUAAUAAAGAACGAAAAAAGAGGCAGAUCGGGACUGAUGCGUGCGUCCAAGGAUCCUCGAUGUGGAGAAGUACCUCGCAUCGAGCAAUUACUCGCGAAUGACUACCAGCGUAUUUGGUGGAAAGAAAAGCAAGUCUGGGACGAGACGCUGAAAAGAAUCUCGAGCAAAAGAAUAUUACCCCGUAUGCUGAUCAAAAGGAAAGUUCCGACAUGCGUGACCGUUAAAUAUCAAACGCAGACAGAGCGGUGGAAGGGAAGAAAGGUGCAGAAUCCAAAGUUCAAAGUAAAGAAAGAGGAAAUUAAACAGGAGUCGAAUGAGAACGCAAACGCAGAAGAAAAAGACACAAAAUUAGAAGAAUGCGAAGAAACGAAAUCAGAAAGACAUAGCGAAACACAAUCGGAAAGUGAGAAAAAGAACGAAGAUGAAAAAGGAGAAAAGACAGAAGGAGAAAGUCAUUUUGAUUGAGUCUACUUAACCUGAGUUAUAGAAUGAGCGAGUUUCGAGACAAAUUACAUUACAUUAUUUUCGUAAAAAUACUAUGAGGAAAAUAAA